CACUUUCUCUGCACCACCUUCACCUUCACAAGAUGAACCACAACACAAGCAAUAAUUCAAGAGGAGAGAAGAAAUACCAGGGAGUUCGGCGUCGAAAAUGGGGCAAAUGGGUGUCGGAAAUCCGGGUUCCGGGCAGUCAAGAACGUCUGUGGUUAGGCACAUACUCAUCACCUGAAGCUGCUGCUGUGGCACAUGACAUUGCAUUCUUUUGCUUACGUGGACCGGAUUCUAUCGACGGUCUUAACUUCCCGACGACCAUUCCGGCUGGUCUUAGGACGGAUAUGUCUCCAAGGUCAGUGCAGAGAGCUGCAUCUGAUGCUGGCAUGGCGAUUGAUGCACGGAUGGUCUCAGAGAAGGAAGUGAAGGUCGAGGAGGGAAGUAGUAGUUGUCAUGGUGGAGUGACUAAUCAUGGUUUGGAGAUGGGUUUAUGUGGUGAUGAUGAUUAUAGAGGGACGUUAGCUCAGGGAAGUGAAGGUGGUGAGGCCUUGAACAUUUCUGUUGAAGACUAUCUAUAGAAGUACUGAUCAAUCUGUAAUGGGUUUUGUAUGAUCAUGGUAUAUAUAUAUUUAUGGAGGCAUUAUAUAUGAUAUUAUGCAUCACUUCUUAUUAGUUAUUAUAUGUUCUUUUCCUGGAAAUAUAAAUUGUGAUCUUUUAACU